AUGGACGCCGAGGAGCAGCGCUACCAAGACGAGGUCAAGGAGCUGAAGCAGUGGUGGACCGACUCAAGAUGGCGACACACUCGUCGUCCGUUCACGGCCGAGCAGAUUGCUUCGAAAAGAGGCAAUCUGAAGAUUGAGUACCCGAGCAAUGCAAUGUCGAAGAAGCUGUGGAAGACCGUGGAGGAGAGGUUUGCCAAUCGUGAUGUCUCCUUCACCUAUGGUUGUCUCGACCCCGUGAUGGUGACACAGAUGGCCAAGUACCUCGACACAGUGUACGUCUCCGGCUGGCAAUCUUCGUCGACUGCCUCUGCAAGCGACGAACCAGGCCCAGAUCUCGCGGAUUACCCUUACACGACGGUCCCAAACAAGGUAGCACAUCUCUUCAAGGCGCAGCUUUUCCACGACCGCAAGCAGCGCCAGGAACGCCUUGACACGCCCGUUGCGAACAGGAGCAAAGUCAGCAACACCGACUUUCUACGACCAAUCAUCGCAGAUGCGGAUACCGGACACGGUGGUCUUACUGCCGUCAUGAAGCUGACGCAACUGUUCGUGGAGAAGGGCGCGGCUGGUAUUCACAUCGAAGAUCAGAUGCCGGGAACGAAGAAGUGCGGACAUAUGGCUGGUAAGGUCCUGGUGCCCAUAAGCGAGCACAUCAACCGCCUGGUCGCCAUUCGUGCCCAGGCGGACAUCAUGGGCUCGGACUUACUGGCGGUGGCACGCACGGACUCCGAAGCAGCCACUCUUAUCACCACCACGAUCGAUCCGCGAGACCAUGCUUUCGUUCUUGGUGCCACGAACCCAGCGCUACAGCCGCUGAACGACCUAAUGAUCGCGGCAGAGCAAGCUGGCAAGCAAGGUGCCGAGCUGCAAGCGAUCGAAGACAGCUGGACUGCGCAGGCAAACCUCAAGCUGUACCACGAAGCCGUAGCCGAUACUAUCCACGCUGGCGUGCAUGUAGACAAGCAGGGUCUGAUUGACGAGUACACGAAUCUGUCCAAGGGCAAGAGUAACUCCGAGUGUCGCGCCAUCGCCAAGGGCUUGACCGGCGUUGAUGUCUACUUUGACUGGGACGCGCCCAGAACCAGGGAAGGCUUCUACAGAUACCAGGGCGGCUGUCAGUGUGCGAUCGUCCGGGCUUGCGCUUACGCGCCGUACGCGGAUCUCAUCUGGAUGGAAAGUAAGAUGCCGGAUUUCGCUCAGGCGAAAGAGUUCGCAGAGGGUGUGCACGCUGUUUGGCCGGAGCAGAAACUCGCCUACAACCUCUCCCCAUCAUUCAACUGGAAAGCCGCCAUGCCCGCCGACGAGCAGCAGACCUACAUCGCCCGCCUCGGCAAGCUCGGCUACUGCUGGCAAUUCAUCACGCUCGCCGGCCUGCACUCCACCGCCCUCAUCAGCAACGCCUUCUCGCGCGACUUCGCCAAGCGCGGCAUGCGUGCCUACGGCGAGACGGUACAGGAGCCGGAGAUGGCGCAGGGCGUUGAGGUCGUCACCCACCAGAAGUGGAGCGGUGCGAACUACGUUGACGAGUUGUUGAGGAUGGUUAGUGGUGGUGUGAGCAGCACGAGCGCGAUGGGCAAGGGUGUGACGGAAGACCAGUUCAAGCAUUGA